CAAAGACAUACACUUUUUGCCCAGGUUCCAGCUGCAGUCACCAAGACAUGUAAAAUCAUCUGUGGUGUCUUUGAGGGAAAAAUGAUGGGACAGAGCCUUUCCACUCCUGAUGAUGCACCAGAACAAACAGCAGUGUGUGAGGAAGAAGAGCCAGCAGUCAGCUACAAGUUGGAGAGAAUAGACAGGCUGUUCUGUCUUUGUGAAGGACUGAUAGAAAAAUUUCAGCCAAUACACAUUUGUUGACAAAAACACAAAGAAAGGAUUUUAAACUUGUCAAGUUUCUUGUCGUCAUUAUCCAUGUUCACAUGCAGCAACGCAGAAAGCAGAGCUAACCAUCACCACAGAGUAGUGACUCUUUUAUGUGCUCACUGAAUACAUUUAGCUGUGUUUGUGGGAAGCUUGGGGUGAUCUUUUCACUGCACUCGCUUUAUAGUAGCUGGCCAACGGCCUUUUACUAGAAACGGUAGUAUGAAUCCCCUCAGUGUCACACCCCCACAGUCAUUUUAACGGGUGAAAAGAAGCAGCUGGUAACUCCACGUGUUCCAGUGGAGAUGCUUGCUGUUUGCUCCUCCAACUUGGCCGACAGCGAGAUUAGCAGUGACACAAACUGCAGUCCAGUGAAGUAGCUGUUUGAAAACCAGGGAAAAAAACAAACCAAAAAGCAGGUAGUAGUUGAACUGUUCCAUAUUGUAUAGGAUAGGUUUCCGCUAGCGCAGGGAUGAAAAGAUAUUCCAUGGGACACUUUCACAGUGCUUACUGUGAAAGUAAAGAGAAUGCACCAUGGACAUUACCUGUCUGAAUAGAUUUGUCUCAAACGCUCAGCGAUGCAAGCACGUGACCUCUGGCUCACUAUCGCUGUUCCUCUUUCUCAGGGUCUCCCAGCCUAUGACACUCCUGAGGUGUUUGGGCUGCACCCAAAUGCAGACAUAACCUUCCAGAGUAAACUGGCUAAGGACGUACUGGAUACCAUCCUCAGCAUUCAGCCAAAAGACAGCUCAUCAGGCGGAGGAGAAACCAGAGAAGCUGUAGUGUCCAGGCUGGCCGACGACAUGCUGGAGAAACUGCCUCCUGACUACGUACCUUUUGAAGUGAGAGAGCGUCUUCAGAAGAUGGGUCCUUUCCAGCCGAUGAACAUCUUUCUGCGUCAGGAGGUCGAUCGGAUGCAGAGGAUCAUAGUUCUUGUCCGAAACACCUUGACAGACCUGAAGCUGGCUAUUGAUGGAACCAUCAUCAUGAGUGAGAACCUGCGGGAUGCCUUGGACUGCAUGUACGAUGCACGAAUUCCUGCACGCUGGAAGAAGUCAUCGUGGGCCUCCAGCACCCUGGGGUUCUGGUUCACGGAGCUGCUUGAGCGGAACCGUCAGUUCCAGGCCUGGAUCUUUGAAGGGAGACCCAACUGCUUCUGGAUGACAGGUUUCUUCAACCCGCAGGGCUUCCUGACAGUCAUGAGACAGGAGAUCACUCGGGCGAACAAGGGCUGGGCCCUGGACCGCAUGGUGCUGUGCAACGAGGUGACGAAGUGGAUGAAGGAUGACAUCACCCAGCCGCCCACAGAGGGAGUGUACGUCUACGGUCUUUACCUGGAGGGAGCUGGCUGGGACCGCCGCAACUGCAAACUUAUUGACUCCAAACCCAAAGUCCUCUUUGAGAUGAUGCCGGUGAUCAGGAUGUAUGCUGAGAAUAAUGAUUACCAGCAGUAUGUGGCACAGUGUUUGUUCUGGAUAAGGCCAAAGUAUAUUCAGACAGGUGUAAAAGACUCCCGCCUCUAUUCCUGUCCAAUCUACAAGAAGCCCACUAGGACAGACGUAAACUACAUCGCAGCUGUAGACCUGAAAACCUCCCUUCCUCCAGAAUACUGGAUCCUGCGUGGAGUGGCGCUCCUCUGUGACGUCAAAUGACUGUUUCAUAAUGAACACUGACACAUACAGCCAUUAUUCAUUUUCCCUCAGUUAUAGGGAUAGUUAAGUGUGCAGGAUUAAAAAGCUGUUAUCAAGGUUAAGUCUAUUUUUAGCAUCAUUUCUGCAUGAGUGAAAUAUGCAGCUCCAUAGUAAAGGAACAAACACAAAGUGACUAACAAUUUUUUACAGUCAGUGUCAGGAAUUGUGGAUAGAUACUGGGUUUUUCUGUGCAAUCAGGCCAAGGUCAGACCCAGAAUUAGCACGUUCAGAAACAUCAUGUCAGUGUUUUUUUGCUCGAGGUCAACAGAAGCAUAGACGUCUGUACUGUGGCUGCUAAAAGUCCUGUGUAAAUGUUCUAAUACUCUGGUAUGAAGCUCCCUGUCUCUUCAGGUUUCCUCUUUUCAUUCAGACUAUUUGGACCAAAAUGAUCUAAUCACCAUCGUAUACGUUACUGCAUCUGUUUGUUUUUGGAAAUAAUUUCCUAAAGUCCAGAUAUAUCGUAGCCAUCCGCAUGCUCACCCAGCAUCAAGUCUGUACAGUGUUCUAAAGGUAAACCAAAGACAUUUAUUCUGGUUAUGAUGCAUGUAUUAUAGUGAUGUCGUCAGCUCCUUUGGUUACUCACACAGGCCAGUUUAAUUUGCCGAAUAAUAUCAGUUCAGCACGCACUGUAGGGCUUUUCAUUAUUGCAAAUCCUGACAUGUUAAUAAACUGAGCUUGUCAUAUUCGAAGAAUCCUGAAGGUAAAUAAAGGCACUCUGUAGCACUGAAAUACAUAGAAAUUUUAAUUAAGUUUUUACAAAAAACAACUUGCAUCAUCAAAACAUCAAAACACUUUUUUGGUAGUAUUUUCUUUUCUUACAAAACCACCAUAUCAUAUGCGAUCUAAAGCUACCCUGUACACAGGUCAGGUGUGGAUUUCCCAAAAAAGUCUUAAAUGUUUGUAUCCAGUAGUUUUUUUUUUUAUUGAACCUGUUUUGUAAAUCUUUGUGGCUCACCGGGGCCAGGUGCAUAAAAACUGUGUGUACCCACAAAUAGAUAAAAGUCUGCAUUCUUUCUGUCAGGUUUUUAAUAUAAAGUGCAUGCCAUUUAUAAAUCUCAGUCACUGUGGAAUUAGGCUUACAUGCAGUGAUUGGCCAUCAAAAAUAGAUAAAACAUUUCAUAGCACAGUUUGUAGAGUGACCAGAUGUGUCAUGUUAUGUGUGUCUGGAUGCCAUUUUUAACCUUUGUCCCGCCUUCCCACAUUCAAAUCAGCUUUUAUUUACAAAAAAGAGAGAUGAGAGAUGAAUUUACCACAGUUUACCACUUUAACAUUGAAAGAAUUUACUUUUGUGUAGGACCUUAGUGAAGCUUCAAUGUAUGCUGUUCAUUUGAACUUAGGCUGGGUAAACUGUAUUUAAAUGACAAUCCCUCACAUGAAUUCAGUUUAGGCUUACAGUGCCAAAUCACAACAACAAGGUGCUUUCUUCUGUAACAUAAAGACCUUACAGUUAAUACAGUCUGGAUGAAUGAUGACAAAAUUGUAA